GGAAAGGAGGGCAACGAAUGGAUCCGGAAUCCGAUGUUAGUCAUGCAGAUACUGCUCCGAAAGCGUCCCUCGCUAUCCCAUGUCUCUUCUGCGUUGUCCCUCAAUGAUGUCCUUACAUCAAAUGAGAUCAACCACUUGCUCGCUGUGUUCGAGCAUAGAUACAGCCCUUGGCUGAGCAUGUCCCUUGGGUUCUUGAGCCCUCACCCAUUCCUGGUCAUGGUCCAGUGCGCCGUAGCCGCUCGCUACCUCGAUCCCAUCAGGAGAUCUUCUGUAUUGCCUGAAAUCUACGGCCUGGUGGAUUCUUACGUAGCUAGACUCACCUUCAGCUCAGUGCAGUCACUGGAGACCGUUGCUGCGUUCCUUAUCCUCUCGCUGUGGCCGUCUGGCGCAGGCACGCCGGAUGGGAGCUUGCAGGACAGUCGCAUGAUUGCUUCGUCGGCAGUCAGCGCAGCUAUGCAGCUAUCCUUAGAUCGGUCCGUGACCUCAGCGAUACAGCUACACUCCUCGCAUGUGUCGAACGAUGGGCAGCUCGAGAUAGCUCUGAACAGGGUCCGAUUAUGGUUGUCCCUUGUCAGCGCGGAGUGGAUGCUCUGCUUAGGCACCGGCCGGACUCCAACAUCCCGCCAUGCAGAUCAAGAUUACGAGGUGUUACGUAGGAUCUCUCCAUCAACUCUGCACUGCGGAUCUAGGGACCUACGCCUCGAUUUUCUUACACGCAUACAAAGUAUAGCGGAGAAGGCUAUCCACAUGGGUACGCACGAAGACGACUCUGAAGGCGUACACCGUUUUCGCGACGAAGCCGGAUCCAUCCUCACCCAAUUGGACUCCGUGUAUUCCAGCAUCCAGCCUCUCGCCAGUAUCUCGGACUAUGAAACGUACCACUUUCAAAUGCUCAUUCUGCAAUAUCAUACAUACAGGCUCCUUGCGCUAUGUCGCUUUCUCGAAGAGUUGCGGUCACAUGCCGUUCACAAUGGGCUCGGCGCAUUCCAGUCAAAGGGCUGGGUAGCCGCCCUCGAACCCCUCCAGCGACGACUCACCGCUCAGUGGGGCAUGGCCGCCAUCAUCGCUGCCCAAUCGGUUCUCAUCACUUUCCUCGCAGCGCCUGUCUCAGACGAAGACCUGCUGAGCACCCCAGACAACGUCCUGGCUAUGAUCUCUCUGUCCGGGGCGGUGGUCAUCCUUACCAAGACGUCACUCAUGCGGGACUACGGGAACGGGGACGGUCUUCUGCUGCAUUCGAGCGACGCUCUGGUCCCGAGGGUUGUAGCGAGACUCCACAGGAUCGCGGACGCGUCCAUGUGCGCGGCGCGAUGUGCGGAGGUCCUGGAGAUCGUGCAUGGGACUUGGAAGACGGAGCAUGAUGUGUACCUUCGGACCACGCAACAGCAGACUCGUGGUGAGAAGAGGCGAAGGGAGAGCACGCCAGGCCCACCGCAUUCCACGGGCGAGUGUCUGACGGCUGAGCAGCAAGAGGGGCAGGCGAUGUUCUCAGGAAUACCUUAUGAAGGCUUUGCCUUCGAUAGCAUAUUCGCCCAAAAUAUGUAUGCCGGCCCGGGUCAGGAUAUUUUGUUGGAUAUGAAUUUCUGGGGCGCCUUCACGCAAAAUCUUCAGGGUACAUGA